AUGCCACCUCGAUUGGGUGCCGUGCGCGCACUCCGCGCGCCGGGCCUGACACAUCCCAACGCCCAUCUUCCUUCUUCCAGAUGGAUACCACUCAAACGGGGCCUCGCGACAUCUAUUGAGCACACCAAUGCAGCCUCUCUGUCGGAUGACCAAAAAGAACGUGUUGUGAUCCUCGGAUCUGGCUGGGGUGGAUAUACCCUCUCGCGCCGCUUGUCACCCAAGACUUUCUCGCCCAUCGUCGUUUCGCCUCGGUCGUAUUUCGUUUUCACGCCUCUUCUGACCGACGCCGCUAGUGGCUCGCUCGAUUUCUCCAGUAUUGUCGAACCAGUCCGGGAUCCAGGUGCCAAAGUCGACUUCAUCCAAGCUGCUGCGCGAGCAGUGGACCUGAAGAAGAAGACGAUUUUGUGCGAAGCAACAGUGGUCAAGAGUGGUGUCACCGAGUCACCGCGCACACACGAGGAUGAAAGGGAAACCGAUGAUGGCCCCGAAGCCACAAUGCAGAAGCAUCGCCAGUGGGAAAAGGGCGAGACAUUUGAGGUCCCAUACGAUAAACUGGUUAUCGCCGUGGGUGCUGUCAGCCGUACCUUUGGCACACCGGGAGUCAGAGAAAAUGCCAUGUUCUUCAAGGAUAUCGGCGACGCCAAGCGAGUCAAACGGCGUGUGCGCGAAUGCUUUGAGCUAGCGGUCUUGCCGACGACGAUGCCAGACAUGAAGAAGUGGCUGCUUCAUUUCGCCAUCGUGGGCGCCGGACCAACGGGUACCGAGCUCGCAGCAUCACUACGUGAUUUCAUUUAUAAGGAUAUGAUGGUGCUCUACCCUGCUCUCCAAGGCCUUCCGAAAAUCAGCCUCUAUGACGUCGCGCCCAAAGUGCUGUCAAUGUUUGAUGAAUCGCUGUCUCGGUAUGCGAUGAAGACUAUGAGGAGCGAAGGUAUUAACAUCAAGACCUCUCAUCACGUCAAAGGCCUCCGUUGGGGCCCACCGGGCGCAUCGCCACCAUAUGACAUGGACCCUAAGCGCUGCUUGACCCUGACUACCGAGGAAGAGGGAGAGGUUGGCACUGGCAUGUGUGUAUGGGCGACGGGCAAUGCCAUGACCAAGUUUAUCAGACAGUCGUUCAACGAUGUCAAAGACUUCCCCGAGAACUCCAUAUACAAGAUGGACUCGAGCUCGACCCCGGGACAAUCCUGGCAGUUUUAA